AUGAGCGCGGAAACUCAACGAUCUUCCCAGGCGAUUCCUCAGGAGAUCUGUGGCCACUGGCAUUUGCAGAUUGAUGAGGAUCACCUGCAAUUUGCCGUGUGGGAGUUUCCAGUAGCUGAAAUCGACGCGGAGGAGGAAAAGCAGAUCGACACUGUGCGAACGAGUGAAAGUCAUUUGCCCCACAUCAUCAGCAUGAAUGGCGGAACGAUGCGUGAUCGUGACAUUGAUCCCAAACUGGGCGGUGUCAAACUCACCUGCCAUGAGAGACUGUCUAUUCGGAAAAGGGACAGUGAAGAUUCACCAUUGACUCCGCAUCGAUCGCGUCGAGGGAACGGUGAGACUGUGGCGUUUUGCGGAUGGGGAGACCGCGGAGAGGGGUCGAAUUUUGAUGCGGAGACACGGAAGACCAAGAUGAGCAACGUCUUCGGCAGUGUUGCAUCGAAGGUGAAGCUCGGUGGACGCUUCUUGCUCUCGCCAUUCAACUGCCCAAGUGAAUUGAUGAUCACGAAGAGAGAUUCACCAGAAGCCGAGCGUGUGUCAAUUUUGGGUGUGCUGGCGAUGAGCGUCGCGGAGGAGGUGAAGAAUGCCACAGAAGUCACAAAAAGCGGAAGGACGGGGAAGGAGCUGAGGGACAAGCGAACACUCAACAAGUUCGGCAAUUUCGACGAUCUCACGCCCGCCUUCUUCACGUAUCCGCGCAUCCUGGAGCGAAGGACAGGCAGUGUCCAGCCAGACGUAAGAUCUUUCCCAGUGUCGCCGCACGAGAGGAAGUACGAGGAGAGUUUCAGCGUGCCAUUCAACUACCAGCCGCACUACGUCAAUGAGGGCAGCAAUUUCAUUGGGAGCCAUUCCUAUGCUCCACACACGCAGUACAUCGAAGCUCCAGAGCCUAUAAUUGAGAUCAUCAUUAAGGAUAGCAAUGAGACGUUGCCUGCACCGCCACCAGUGAUUCAUCCCCGGAAGAAGAAGAAGGAACAGGUCCAAGUUUUCUAUGUGAAAUACAAGAAAGACGGCCAUAAAGGUGUGAUCAUUGAUCAGCCUGUUCCAGCUCUAUCACCCACGGCCUAUCAUCAGGAGCGCCAUGAUGAAGUGGAGGAAGACCAUCACGAAGAGCCCCUGAUUGUCACCCUGCCUCCUCCACUAAAGACCACAACUCUCAGGACGAUCAUUCAUCCGGAUUCUGAGAAAUUCCAUAGUAACAGUGGAAUCCAUGUGAGUUUCAACACUGAAGACAAGUCCCAAGCCGGCCAUCAGUUCCAGGAACAACGAGUGGAGAGCGUGGUGAAGCCCAUCAUUGCUCUGCCACGAUCAGUGUCUUUUCCUCCUCAACAAGCCAAUGUUCAGGCCACAGAAUUCCGGCAGAGAUUUGUUCAUCAGGGACGUAACUUCGGUGGAGAUCAGUUCAACUAUCAACAGCCCAAUCUGCAUCAGGGUCUCGUGAGUCCGAAUCUCCAACUGCCAUUGCCCAACACUCCGACUCAACAAUUCCGUUCUGGGCAGAACUUCCAUCAGCCUUCUCCGGGGCCUCCAGGACCCCCAGGACCACCAGGACCUCCUGGGCCUCCUCCUUCGCAGUACUUCAGUACUCACCAUCGCUAUAGUUAUCAGCCUCACAUUCAUCCAGAGCAGCAUCGCCAUCAGGAACAUCAUCCGCAGCAUAAUCAACAUAAUCAACAUAUUCAGCAUAAUCAACAUGGACAGCACAAUCAGCAUUACCAGGAACAUCAGGAACCUCCUAGGCACACUGGACCUCCUCCUCCGCCGCCUCAUUUCUCGCCCACGCCACCGGCUUUUGGUCCUCCUCCACCAUUCAGACCCGUUCCUACCAAUCAUUAUUCCCAGAGACCACCAUCCCAGCCGACAUUCUUCCAACCUCCACCUCAGCAGCAUCCACCUCCACCACCACUCCCGCCUCAACAGCACCAUGUUUCGCAGCACGUUCCAUCUCAACACGUUCCUUCUCAACACAUUCCUUCUCAACACGGUCCUUCUCAACACGGCCCUUCUCAACACGUUCCUUCUCAACACAUUCCUCCUCAGCCAUCACAGCAACAGAUCCGCUUCCCUGGACCGCCACCUCCUCCUUCUCAAACUCCUCCCGUCCAGAAUCAUCAAUACCAGCCCCUGAAGUAUCGGCCACAUGCUCCGCCACAGCGUCCAAUCCCUAUCCCAAUCCACCAGUUUAGUCAGCCUCAGCAGUCACAAUCCCAGUUCCGGCCUCCUCAGCAAUUCAACCAUCAACAUCAUUCUCAUGUGUCCAAUCAGCAAUUUUCCUUCACGCCACCGCCUCCAGGAGCCAUUCAGGGCGGAGGACUUGUCCAACAACAGGCUCCCAAUCUCAGUCGCGAACCAGUACAGCAGAGCCUCCAAGAAAAUCAUCAUCACAAUCAGGAAAUCAUUCAGAAUCUGGGACCUGAGAGUGAAUUGAUACCCUCAGUUGCCAAGUACGAACAGCACAUCGUUGAGCAUGUGCCAACAGUCAAUCAAUACAUCUCUAGUCAGCCUCAAUUCUCCGCCCAGCCGCAGCCGCAGCCGCAGCAGCAAUUCUUCUCCCAGCCGUCCAAAGAGACGCAUCAGAGACCCAACAUCGGACCUCUGGCGAAUGAGAUUGGACAUUUGGGCACUCCUCAACCACCUGUGACACCUCAACCACAAGCAUACCAUCAGACUACUCCGAAUCCCACUCAAACCUACAUUCAGCAACAGAUCUCACAAUUGUUGAGGGAUCCGCCAAGGCAAAACAGUAUCCAGGUCAAUCUCCAGCCUCAGAUCAUUCCAAACUCUCAUCCCACAACGCAGAAUCAGAGGCAACAUCUUGGCCAGAGUGUCUCUACACUCCAUUCUGAAGUGUUUCCCAUAUUUGAGGAGCAGCAGCAGAGAUUCUACAACAAACAACCAGUUUCUGACCAGGGUCAAGAUCAGCUCCAAACAGUUAAUAUUCUCGGUCGCAAUGGAGGCACUACAGGGCCUUCAACAGUCUCCACUGCCAGUACUUAUCAGCCAACGACUCCGAGGACUUCCGAAGCAACACAGCAAGUGUCCUCGACAACACAGAAAACGACCAAGAAACCCCCGCCGAAUAUUAUCCUGCCAGACGAGGUGCCUGAUGAUCUUCGGGAACAACUCCUCUCCUCUGGAAUCCUGGACAAUGCCGACAUCAGUGUUCUCGAUUACGACAAAAUCGGAGACACUGCUCUUGAGAAUCUCCCGCCAGAGCAUCUGGCGAAUUUCUUCAACGCCGGCGGAGCAUCUCAAAUUUCUAGCUCCAACCGCGUUGAAGUGUUUGCCAAUCCGGACAAGGAGAAGCGUUCGAAGCUAGACGAAGCGACUCCGGCGCUCUCAGACAAGGAGAAUGUGGACCUGAGAGUCGUGAGAUUCGACGCAGCCUCGCAGAAGGCCAUCUCUGACAAAUACAUUAAGCAAGACUCAACAGUUCUGCCCUCGGUGGACAUCGGCGAUCACAACUAUAACAGAUACCUGCCGCUUAAGAUCAACGGAGCUCAUUUCCCCAUCCCACAGGAGCUUAUGGGCAAGAAAAUCAGCAGUGUUGUUGUAUUGGCGCCUGUGGACAACCUACAAACUGUUGAGGACACCGUGGAUGGACGCUUCGAGAGGGAUGUGAUUGAUGCCAAGCAAGUGCGAUUCUUGGCCGGAGAUGCUCUCAAGCAGUUGAUCAAGAAACCUUCCCAAGAGAACUUCAAGAAGUGGCUGGACAAGGAAGCCACCACUGAUGUGGAGUUCCAGAGCGUAGUUCUGCUUGUGACAAAGAAUCCUCAAAACGACACGGACAAGGAGAUCUUCAUGUAUGACAUCCCUUCGAGAUCAGUGAAUCGUCUGAGCGGAGAAUUGUCCUCUGCUUUUGUAAACGUGGCUGAAGCCAAUGCCGCCACGGAUGAUCUGGAUAAGGCAACAGUUGUGGACAGUGGAAUCAUUCAGCAAAUGGAUCAUGACGAAGGGUCAGAUGAGGAUUCAAUUGAAGAGUCCACGACAAUCUUCUCACUAGACACUCAAGAUCCCAUGGAGUCUGCCGGUUCGGAAAUCGUGGAGAGCCGCGUUGAGCCGGACGUGAUCCUGGCGGAGUCGCCAGACACGCGCGAUGUGGUGAUCAGUUCCGGAUACAGUGUCAUCAAGAGCUGAAGGGAGUGCUUGUGGGCGCGUGAGUGUGAAUCAUUCGAGGCGAAAGUGAGAGGAGGAGACAAAGAGGCGGGAAUAGACUAUUUAAAUGAGCAAUUGUUCGCUAGUGCAUUUCGCUGAAUUCGCACCUGUGGCAUCAACUUUAUGCCCACAAUGGCGCGCUCUCUUCCCGCGCAAGUGCCCUUCCGGAUAUUCAACAUAUUGUUGAAUGCAUCACAACAUCUUCGCUGUCUGCAAUUGCAAGCUUUUCUCUCAGCUACUUCUCCUCCUCUCAUGUGGAAAAGUGCGCGAUUUUUUCAUGACCCCAAGAGAUUUAAUUUCUCUUAACCAUUUCUGAAUGAACAGAAAACUGUUGAGCAUAAAUUUUGUGUGUAUGUUGUCAGCCAGUGAUUCGACGCGGGGAAGCAUAAUGUAAAACUUGUAAAAAAUGUAUUAUUCCUUAUCU